AUGGCGGAUUCGUCGGAGGGGGAGGAUGAAGGGAAGCUGACCUGCGGAAACCAGCUGCUUGUGGUGGAAGAUGACCUCCGUGAAAUGGCGAAAAUGGCUGCCUGGAGCGUCAGCUCUUGCAAGCCUGGAAAUGGUGUCGUUUCUCUCCGAGAUGACAACCUAGAUACCUACUGGCAAUCAGAUGGUGUGCAGCCUCAUCUAGUCAAUAUCCAGUUUCAGAAGAAAGUAAAACUGAAGUUAGUUGUUCUUUAUGUUGAUUUCAAGCUUGAUGAGAGUUACACACCUAGUAAGAUAUCAGUUAGAGCUGGCGAUGGUUUCCACAACUUGAAGGAGAUAAAAGCAGUGGAACUUGUUAAGCCAACUGGAUGGGUGUACAUACCGUUAUCUGGGUCUGAUCCAAGGGAAACAUUUGUGAAUGCAUUCAUGUUGCAAAUUGCCGUCUUGUCUAAUCACCUAAAUGGAAGGGACACUCAUGUGCGCCAAAUCAAAGUUUAUGGCCCUCGACAGAAUCCUAUCCCACACCAACCAUUUCAGUUUACUUCGACUGAGUUCAUUACUUACAGUACUCUGAGAUGA